UUUCACCGCUUUUUAACUGAACGAUUGUAUCUGUUACAGGUUAAGUAUAAUUAGGUAUGUCUGCAACAAGUAAAGCAGUUCCAAAGAAAGUCACAAAGAUAAUUCGUAAAGAUGGAAUAACUUACCGCCCGGCUGGUGGAUCAUCACAACCGCUAAAGAAUUCAGAACCUGUCAAGCCUGUAAUCUUUACCCAACCAACGAGAUCUAACUAUGCUACCGUGGGUUCGUCUCAAGGUAAAAAGAAGACAUUUGGUAAAGUUAUCAAACGUGCUGAUGGAACCAAAAUUGUUGUUGUCGAUGGAAAAAUUGUCAAAACUCUCAAAGCAAAUUCUAAGGAAUCAUCUCCUUCAAAAUCGGAAAGAAGCAAUGAAGAUUCUUCUAAACCAAUACUUAUCAAUGAUGACGCUUUGUCACCUUUGACUGACAUUUCUGCUGAUGAGCUUCCGCCUGAAUCACCAAACGUUGUGCAAAACAAAGCUGAGGAGAAACAGCCUUCAUAUAAAAAUCCUGCCAGUUCUGUAGUGAGAAUUAAGAGGACAAUAACAUUUAAUGGAAGAAGCAGUCCUGCACCAUUACUUGAAAAGCCUGAAUCUCCCGAUAACAGUCUUUCUUCUAGCCCCAUUUUAACAAAGAGUUUCAAUGUAAGAAAACGUAAUGUAGAUCAAAGAGCCCAAAGGCCAACCAAUUCAAUUCGGAAGCCGACUUAUGUGAAAAGACCAGUUUUUGAUAGUAGAAGCAAACAAACUUCAAAAGAUGUCAGUAUUCACAAAAGUCGUGACCAUUUGGAAACUAAUAGACCUGAAAUCAAAGAAGUUGCACCACAAUCACAAAAGAGAGAUCGCAGAUCUAGAUCCCCAAGGAGAACCAGAUCUCCCUACAGAAAUAGGUCACCUGCACAAUCUAGGGGAUCUGGAAAAUAUAGGCCAUCAAAACGCCCAAAGGAUAGAUCGAGAUCACCAACAAAAAUUACAACAACUGAAAAAAGAUCCCUCUCCCCAAAGAAAACAUCUCCUGAAAAUGCUCAAAGUAGCCUUACAUCACUAUUGGACCAAGAAAAUAGUAUUGGAUCUAAGGAUGCCAUUUUGAAUCUAAUACAGAAACAAGCUGAAGAAAUGCUUCAAGCUCAGCACAGUGGCCCAAUUGACGAAGAUAAGAAGAAAAAACUUCGUGAGGCUAUGGAAUCUAUUUUAGAAAAACGGGGAAUCAUCAAUCCUUCAAACACAAAGACCAGAAAGAAAAGCCAUCUUCGUUCAGCUAGUUCAGACUCAAGUGAUGGAAGGGGGUCACCUCAAAUUUUAGAAAAACUUCAUCUGAAAUACAAUACCAGCGCUGAUGCUUCCACUGAUAUUAAGAAAAUGAAAACUGAUCCAUUUGAUAUGGAAGCGAUUAGUCCUUGUAUUGAUAACAUUUCAGUUGCAUCCGAGGAGCAAAAAGUUAGUGACGUCAGUCAUUCUGAUAUGGAAAUGUCGGAUGAGGAAGCCAAGAAUGACAUUGAAGAUGGCAGAACACCAGCAUAUAGGAAAAAACCUGUUGAAGUAGAUGACCAUGCCAAAGAAUCUUCAAGUAAAAUAAUUCAAAUCAAGUUAGGUAAAGAUGAGGAUGAAGAAGCGUUUCAAGCACUUGCAGCAAGAGUUGAUGGCCUAAAGAGUUCUUCAGAUGUCCAAGAACUGAUUGAAGCAAUUGAGAACAGAAUCAAAUCAUUUCUUUCUAACAACAUUGAUCCAUCUAAUCUUGAAAAGAAGAUCAAACGUUAUCAGACUCUGGUGGCUAAAGUUGUGAUAGAAGCUGAGUCUAUAAAAGAAAAAGAAGAGGACAAUAAAAUAACUAAUCAUACGCAUCGGCGCAGCAAAAGUAAAGAAGUAAUGAAGUCUACUCGACCAGAAGUUGAACAGAGCCUCAAGGCUACAAUAAGCUACCCUGUGCAAACUCAGGAACAGAAGCAGCCAUGGUUGUAUCAGAAUCCUACUCCAGAAGCAAUGCAUCAGAAUAAUGGUAAUCACGGAACCCCUCUUCUGCACAAUGUUCCUGAACCUGAGCCUGAACCAAGUAAUUACGAUAAGAUACAAGCCCAGUAUGUAUCCCAAAGAGUUGGGUAUCACGUUUGUUUGCUAUGCAUGAUUGAGUCGAGCGAUGUGUCCCACUUUCGAAAACAUUUGAAUGGCAAAAAACAUCAUGAAGCUGUCCUAACAAAAAUACGGCAACUGUCUCAGACUGAUUCAGCAAAUGUUAAAAAAUACAAAAGACAUGACCUUGUCAUAAAGUGUAAAUUGUGUGAUAUCAUUUGUCGAGGGCAAAAGAAAUAUAAUGAGCAUGCAAACCACAGAAGUCAUCAAGCGUUAGUUCAAGCGUAUGUUAAAAUAGGACGAGUAGUUCCAGAACCUGAGAUACUGCAUGAUCAAGAGGACAAAAUCAGAGAACAACUGGAAGAAAUACAAGAGUCGGAAACACCUGCUGUUGGAAGAGAAUACAUGUCAGUGAAAACGGUAAAGGAUUGUGAUGAUAACGUGAUGGAUGCAUACCACUGCUCUUUGUGCAAAAUCAACUGCAACUCUGAGAUUCAAGUAGAAAAGCAUGUUAGGUCGAAGAAGCAUUACUUGAUUUAUGUUAAAGUCACACAACCUGACGUAAAUGUUCAACUCAACACUGCAGAGCACAAAAAAAGAAGAGAAACUUCGAAGAAAAUUGUAUCAGCCAUGAAAACUAUCAAGCAGAUGGAAGUAAUGAUGGAUCGCAACAGAGAUCGUAUUGGAAGAGAUGCUCCUACAGCUACAGUUACAAAUUAUGAAAAUGAGGGAACCCCUGACAUGGCAUUAAGCAUGGUCAAUCAGCCUCCUUCAUCUUUUCAAUCACAGCGUUCAAGUUUCCCACCUUACAGCUCCAGUCAAACUCAACUUGUGCCGGGUUCAGUUCCUUUCAAGUAUCAAAAUCGGCCUUCAACUCCAGAACAAAUGAAGUCACAAAAUGCACCAUAUUAUCGGGACCCUACCACAAGAUUUUCUUCUCCACUGCAAAAAGCUCCAUUGGCAUCAGCUCCCCUACCUUAUUCCUCUCGUGUGCCUAAUUCCGCAUCUGCCAUACAUGAUAUUCCAAUAUCUUCACCAAACAGCAGUAUUGCUGGUAUGAUUAAUAGUCAAGAGAUGUUGCAAAAGAGGGACCCUCCACCUUUUAUGAAUAUGAAUUCUAGGAAUCAAGAGCAGUUUCCCAAUCGAGGAGUGAAUGACACUUAUAACCAUGGAAAUAAUUUGCAAAGCUAUCAAAACUAUCCCUCUCGACCAGAAAUACCGAGAACGAGCAGGGACAAUUCAAGUGAAAGGGUUAAGAGUUUCAGUCCCACCUCCUCACAUUCUGCUCCAUUCCAAGGUCCUUACACGUACGGCUCUACAUUAGCUCCAUCGAUCAGCCAUUAUGGAAAGAAUUCUGGAUCAUUUGGUUCCGACAGAAGCUCAAGUGGUGACAAAUUUCAACAAAACAUUGGAUCUCAGUCCUUUGGCCAAUAUGGUGGAAUCAAUGAGCAUCAAAAAUAUAGUAAUGCUGAUUUGUUUAAAAAUCUGGAUGUUGGUCCAAAUAAGUUUCCCAACAAUGAAGUGCGGACAGGGUUCAAUCGAAUCACUCCUGGUGAUUCAAAUGCUGAGUUGUUCAAAAAUCUGGAUGUUGGUCCAAAUAAGUUUCCCAACAAUGAAGUACGGACAGGGUUCAAUCGAAUCACUCCUGGUGAUUCAAAUGCUGAGUUGUUCAAAAAUCUGGAUGUUGGUCCAAAUAAGUUUCCCAACAAUGAAGUACGGACAGGGUUCAAUCGAAUCACUCCUGGUGAUUCAAAUGCUGAGUUGUUCAAAAAUCUGGAUGUUGGUUCGAAUAAGUUUCCCAACAAUGACGUACCUACAGGGUUCAAUCGACUCACUCCUGGUAAUUCAAAUACUGAGUUAUUCAAAAAUCUGGAUGUUGGUUCAAAUAAGUUUCCCAACAUUGAAGCACGUAAAGAGUUCAAUCAUGGUGAUUCAAAUAGGAGCAGUUACCAAACAGAGCAAAAUUUUCAGCCACAGCCACAACAACCCUGGUUUGGGUCUGGCAAGGUCCCAGCUAGUCAUGGUCAAAACUUUGGUGACCAGAAUCCUCACUCUGAAAACACUUCACAAAGCCGUAAUCCUCCUUUUGAUUCCCAUCAUAGUAGUUAUGUUGAACAGACAUCUCGAGAAAUUUCAUGGCCAAACAGACCCAUUAUGAACAUGGCAAGAAAGCCUACUCCUGAUGAAUUUGUGCCAUCCUCUGGUAGUAAAGCUGGGAGCAUUUUUAACAAUGCACCUCCUUCAAACCAAUCUUACUCUGACAAUACCAGAAGUACUUACAGCUCAGCAUACGAUAAACUGAAGCAAGGUGAUCAACAGUCCACGCCUCCAGCACUGUCUUACGCUCAGUCCAUGCCUCCAGCAUUGUCUUAUGCUCAGUCCAUGCCUCCAGCAGUUUCUUACGGUGGCCCCACUUACAGUCACAAACCUACAUACAGUGGUGUUUACACCAAUGUUAGAAGAGGAUAAGGUUGCGAUACUGAGCUGGAAACUUCGUAGCUCAUAAGAUCAACAUUCCCGACAGCUGAAGAUCACUCGACACUGGUA